ACAAAGAACAUAAAAUGGAUCGUGCAACAAUCCUCCCGUGCUAGUAAUAAUAAUCGAAAUCAUAUCGGUAAGAUAAUAUUAACAAUUGCAACAAUAUCUUAAAGAUUGACAUCCAAACACUCGAUAAACCCCGAAAUAAUCCCAGAGCUCCUAAAAUCGAGGCACCAGAAAUCCAAGAUUAUUUUAACCUGCAAUUAUCUGUGAAAUGACAAAAACUUGAAAUCUCCACUAAAUCUCAAUUAAUCUCGAAAACUCGUGAUUUUAUCAGGAAAUGUGACAUGACUUUUUUCCAUGGAAUUAAAUUUUUGCGAAAUAAUACAUUCGUAACACUUUUCCUCGUAAAAAUUACUGUAUUACUCUCCCCUAUUUUAGACACUUCACCAUUAAAUAUAAGACAAAUAAUUACAUCACGUGGAUUCACGAUAACAGGGUGACUAUUAUCCACAUCGUAGCAUCAUGAUAACCAAAAUCAGUGAUUAAUUAAUAAAUCAAGGGAGCUUUGACGUUUUCUCUCGAUUCAAUCCUUUCAGUGAAGAAAAUUCCAAUUCCUUUCAUCGAUUUUAUUUUGUUGAAGCGAUGCAUCGAGUUACAUAAACAUUUAAGCGCUCCUUAAAUUGAUGGCGCGAAAGAAUAUGCCGAAGAUCUUGUUACACGUGCAAUCAAAUAAUUCUCGCAUGAGUCAUCCCUGCAAUCGUAAAACUCUUCGCAUUUCGUUGACAUGUCACAAAUAGUCGGAUAAUAUUGAAGAUGAAGUCCAAUAUCUGGUGGGGAAAUGUCUUUUAUUGAGUUAGAAUUCUCAGGGUGAUGUGCUAAUUUGAAGAGUGGCUGGACAAUUUUUUUUUUCAACACUAUAAAGAAGAAUGAGUGCAAUGGACGAGAAGGAGGAUGGGGAAAUAUCCCUAGAGGAUGUCAGUUCCUCGGACGAGGGACAAUCGACCUAUGAAGUCCCCCGGAGUGUCCGUAUGCCGUCACCGGCCAGAAGGAGUCACGCAUUUGACGCAGGUUACGGCAAGGAGAAUCGUCAUUACACCGGAGGGAUAAAUUCUCGUUACGUUCCAAAUCCGGCAUCAAGACAUGACGGUCUCCUUCCAAUAUCGAGUGAAGAUGAGCGCGAGAUCGUCGAGAACCCAGAAACGUCCCACCAGCUGUGCAUCCACAUCGGCAAGAAAAAGCGUAAGAGGAAGAAGAAGAAAGCCCCUGGGGAGGGUGGACUCUUGAUGGAGGAUUUCGUAUCCUCGACUGAUCGUGAGCCAUUGGUGCUGAAUGCACCGGCAAUUCCCACUGAGAUAACAGUGCACAGAAGAAGAAGAUCCCCAAGUCCCCGUGGAGUUCGCCGACACUCGCCGUUCACCAGAGCACGAUGUGCAUCGCAUUCACCAAGCCCACCCCAAAGAGUUUACGGUUUAUUCCGAAGAUCUCCAUCCCCAAGGAGAAAUUACUCGAGGUCACCAUCACCUCGGAGACGAUCACCCAGGAGAGUAAGACUGCCCCGAGAGGAAUCGCCCCGAGAAUGCCCUGCAAUCAGCUCAAGGUCGAAAUCCUCUCCAGUAUCGAGAACAAAAUCGAGGAGAAGGACUCAUUGUCGUCGGACUCCAACUUACGCUGAAGUUUAUGCGGCAACUCUUCUCAAGAAAGUUCGUCGUCUCGAGACCGUCGGGGCAAUUACAAACGGUCAUAAGCACAAGGAUCACUCCUCCUUGAAGGACAAAUUGAACAACAUGAUCACGAGAAGACAAACUGAAGACAAGACGGAGACAAACGGUUCAGAUACCAAUGAACUAAAAAAAGAGAGUAAAAGCGAGGGAUCGGAAUCUGAGAGUGAAGAGGGUAACCUGGAGGUGCUGAGACGUCUAGCUCUUGAAACAAAGCAGCAGAAAUCAGAGGCAGAUCACCAGAGUGAGGACGACCCUGAGGCCUUAGAGCUCCGAAUGAUAGCCUUGAAGUCAGCUGUGAUGAAGAAGCAUCUAAAGAGAGUUAAAAAUGGCAAUAAGAGGAAGAAUAACCCCAGAGAGUCGAGCCCUUUUGUUGACAGUUUCCUGCAGGAUCUGGUGAAUUCCUCGUCAUCUCCCGAGAGGUCUCCAGAUGAUCAACAAGUUGACAUGGAACUCGACACUGACGUCGAGAGAGAGAAGGAGGAUUUCUCUCCAUAUUCUCCAACAGACGAGAUAAUGAGGGAUUCCCCGGGUCCCGAUCGCCAGCAGAAUGUCUCAGGUCCAGGGCUCGAUGCCAGGGGUAUACCGGUGAAGAAUGAGGAGGAGAGAGACUCCGGGGAUGCAUUGAACAUGGAGGCACCUUAUUCACCCACUGAUCCCACGAAGACCCCCUGGGUCGAUAGAUUCAAAAAAGAAAGGAGAAAAAAUAUCCUGACGACAAUAACAAUAAACACAGACAGUGAGAGCAGCGAGGCUGCCCCUUAUUCACCCUCAGACAUUCCCAUGUACGAUCCUGAGUUUCCUAUUUGUCCACCUGACACUCUGGAGCCUCAGGAUGACGAUCACUGCGUGGCCCUUGAUCUAUCGAUGAAAGAUCCAUCAAAAACCGUGGGAGAGGCCCCAACAGUCGAAGAGACCAGUGAGAAAUCUUCAAUAGUGUCUCCUCAACUCCCUGGAGAUGCUCCAGGGGUUGAUCCAGGCACAGCACCCCUGGAAGUUCCUCAACCUCAGGAUGUAGAAUCAGAAAAAAAGAAGAGAGAGUGUCCUCCGUUGACAUCUGGUCCUCAGGAUGAUUUAUCAAAAAGAGCUGCUGAAGUAAUUGGCGAGCCUCUGUAUCUUCGAGGGCUUCCAGAGGUCACAAAAGAGCCGAACAAAAUUCCAAUUCUGGUUAAUAAAUCUCUCCUCCCAGUCUCGAUCCUCAAGACGAAUAAAAACCUCCAGCAGCCACUGCCCCAGAAGAGAACCGAAACUCCUAGUGAACCGGUCUUCAGAAACGCUGAGAUGCAGCCAGUUGCCGUUACUGAACAAGUCGUAAAUCCUUUCUUCAAACCCAUCAAGCUACAACCUGUCGUAAAGAAGUCGACGGUUGUCGCAUCGGCAGCUGCUUUCAGUAAUGUUUCGAUGGAUAACAGCAAUGCUGAGGCCUCUGAACACGUAUCUAAUGGAAUUUUAAGUAAAGAUGAUGAAGAGGAAAGGAAAGAUCAUGAAAACCCGAGUGAUGAAGGUGGUGAAGCCCUCAAAAAGAAGAAGAAGAGAACGGGGAUGAAACUAAAAGCUGAACGAAUUCAGGAAAAAAGGAAACGCGUAGUCAAGGCUCAAGCGAUGAAGGAGAGCCUUUCCUCGAACUCUGAAGCUCCUGGGGAUGGAACAAACCCUGAGGUAAUUUCAUCCGAGAAUGCUAGAUGUUCAGAACGAGAAGAAUCGAUACCCAAAAGGUGUGAAUCCAAUGGGAGGGGAAAAGAGAACGAGGCAAAUGCUUCGGUGAUUGAAUUUUCGAGAGAGAGUUCGCCGAGGGAAUGUGAUAAUGAACAAAAGAAGAAUGAAGAGAAUGUUCAGACAACUGGGAACGAUGGAAAUGAUAAGAAACGGAGGAAUAGUAUUGAGGAGGACGAGGAGACAUUGAGGGCUAUUCUUUUGGCUUCAUUGGCGAAACGUCCGAAGACUGGAGAGGGUGUGGGGAGAGGAUCUGAUGAGGGGUUGAAGGGAUCUGAAGGGGCGCCGAAGGUUCAAAAGAGGUGUGAAUUGAUUGAGAAGACUAGGAGUUCUAUUACUGAGAGUAAACCGAUGAGUGAAGCUCCUCCAGCUAAUCCUGAGCCCUCGAGGACAAUUGCCACACAAAAUAGUACGUUGGGAGCAGUUCUCAAGCCUUUGGGAAUCACUCGAUUGGAUCAUGAGCUCCAGAGGAACGUGAUGCUAACUGUUGAAGGGAGAAAACGAUUGAACCCUUCGGUUAUCAGGGGACCACCGAAGAAAAUCCUUAGGAAAGCUGCGAUUCCUGUGAGUACGAAGGUCGUUAAUAAUGCGAAGAGAAUUCAGAACUCUAUGAUGCAGAAGAAAAUGAUACUCCAGGCGCAGGGGAAAGUGGGCAAUUCGAGUGGUAAUUUAAAUACCCAGAAUCUCAAGUUGGUGAAUUUAAAGGGGAAGGAGGCCAGGCCAGUCAGUCCCAAGAUGAAAGGAAAGGUUCAGAGUCUUGUUAUUAAGCUAGGGGAGGACUCUGAGAGUGAGUCUGGGGAGGAGAGAGGACAGGUGCCUCCGAGGGUUCAGAGGGAUGUCCUGACGAUACCAACGACCGAUUUUGAGACCAGUGUUGAACAAUUCCUCAAGGAACAGAGAAAGAAGCAGGAGACCAUGGCUAGGUGCUCGGUUAAUGCCACAUCGACACCGGCUAAUACUCCGAAGAUCGUGAAAACGGUUGGAUUCAGUGGAACACCUCUGGCGGUUCGUCAUCUCCCUCCAUCCCAACAAGAAGAAUACAAACGCCUCAAGCAGAAAAUUCUGGAAAAGGAGAGACAACGAGCGACUAGACAAAUAAUAAAUACCCCACCAAGUCCAUUAUCCCCUGCAAGUCCCAUCUCAAAACCCGCGAUCAAAUCAGUUACUCCAAAACUUCCAUCAGCCCUUUCAAAGCCAUCAGAAGCCUCCACCCCUAAAACCCCUUCCAAAGCCCCAAUAAUCCCUAAACUCACGACUGCCAAGAAAAUCAACGACAAGUCCUGUAAAAAAUCCUCACAAUCGUUGUCCCCAAAAAUUUGCGUAACUGAUCAGUUAAUCAAUAACUGUUCAUCAUCCACACCCAUGACGAACCUCAGUAUUCAGAUUCCAAACGACAAUGUGACAGCAGGGGGUCGAAUAGUCUUCGAUAAACCAGAGAAUUCAGAGGGAAAUUCUCCGAAAGGUCCAUCGGCCCUGAGAAUUCUCACGACCGAUCAACUGAAUUCAAAAUUCGUGCAAGUUCAGCUGAGAAAAGAGGGUAGAACUGUCACUCUGGGUGAAGGUGCUGAUAAGUCCAUUGGAGAGCUUUUGCAGUGCAGUGACUUCGAGAUCAAUGAUACCAAUGAUAAUGAAAGUAGAAAGGGAGAAGAGGCGACUAAAGAGUUGAGUCUGGGAGAGAUUGAGAAGUCGAGUGAUCAGACGACUCAGGAAUCAGGUGAUGGAGGAUCUCUGGCAGUGGAUUCUGAAGCAUCCACUGUGAUUCUACCUCCCAGAGAGGAUGAGGAGGGAGAGGUCACCAGGGAAUCUGGUGAUUCGACUAUUGUUCUCGAUGAUACUGUCGUGGAACGACCAGAGGCUCCCAAAUCUCCGCUGAAAUCCAAAAGCAAGUCUCCAACUAAGGAACAGUCUGAUAAGAUCAAGUCUGAUGUUAAGGCGGAGUUGGAGGGUCUUGCGAGCUUGAAUGAUGAACAGCAGAAGGAGAAGUUGAAAGAAUUUGAGAAGAAUUUGGUGACUAAAAGGUACUCAGUACUUGACGAUUUAGCUGAGAUGUCAAGUACUCUGAAGCAGUUGGAUUUGGAGCGCGAGCUCCAGACGAAUCUGUCCGCUGAAUUACGAAGAUUGAGAGCUCAAGUGGCAGUCGCUGAAGAGCGACUGAUGGAGCAGAGGCUGAAGAUCGAUAGCAUAGGGCCAAAAGUGACAAAUGCCCACAAAAUGAUCCGUGAUGGACGCACCGAGUGCUUCAAGCUCACAAAACUCUGCCAGGGCAUUGGGACGAAAGUUGUUGGACAGCAGUACAAGGUACCCUCGACUGGUGCACAAUUGAUGAUGGAUAGUUUGAAGGAAGUUGCAUACCGCACGCGACAGUUAUCGAAGAAAAAAGUGCCAUGUGAAAAUAAUAAUAAUAAUGAAACAGAAAGUGCUAGUGGACAAUCGAUUAAUUCGAGAACAUUGUGUACAGACACUGGCAGUUGUAAUCAGAGAAACGGGAAUGGUGAUAACGUUAACAGUGAAGCAGAACAGUGUGAUAAUGCCACUGGAGUUGUCAUUUCCAGAUCAACGGAGGAGAGCCAGGGUGAGGCUAUGAUCCUGAGUGACAGUACAGUGGAAAUUCCUCGGGUGAAUCCAGGGCUUUCCAGUGCUGGGGGGACAUCUCCAGAUGAAUCCACUGAGAGGCUCUCACAUUUGGCUAGUUCCUAUGAGUCUGUUCUGACGAGUAUCAGAACACCUAGACACAUCGAUUGUAAUCGUGAGCUCUGUCCCUUCGAGCUGACUGGCGUCUGCAAGGACGACGAAUGCCUCUACAAUCAUCUCGAACCUAGAAGCCAGCGUUAGAUCGUUCUACAACUUCCUAGGAUUUUUUUACAUACGUAAGGCUCAGCAGAUAAGAAGAUAAAUCCUUCUUGAAGAUGAAUAAAUCAUCAGCUUUUGAGUUUCAACGAUUUAUUUUUUAUGGCGAUUUCCACUCCACUGGAUGGUAAGUUGUCUUCAUAAAAAAAAAACGAAAAACAGUGACUGGAUUUAUCUGCCCCUGAUUUUUGCACCUAAAAUUGGGCUGUGAACACUAGAAAGGGGAUUAAAACCCAAGGGAUAAUCCACCGGGCCAUUGAUUCAUAGUUUCUAAGUUUUUUUGCCAGAGGAACAAAAAAUAUCUCGUCUCAUUCCAAAAAACCAAAUUCACUGGUGACAUUAUUUGCCAAUUACUUGUUUAUUAUUAUUAUUAUUUUUUUAAUGUAUGUUAUAUUGUGAAGACUUUAAUCAGGGUUGAUACGUAAUGAUUUCGCGUGUGAGUACUAUAAAUUGUCUAGUAGUGACUUAAGAGUGAACGUGACAGUGGAGAACAUUUUUCAUGCGAGGAAAUCAUUCUAUUUUUUUUUUAACUAGCUCAGAUGAUCGAGACGAGGAAUCAUAGGAGUACUUAUUUGAGUUAACGAAGUUAUUCUAUCUGUCGGUUUAAUUUUUAUAAUUUUUUUUUUAAGUUUAAUUUUCCAAAUAGCUAUAUACCUCACGGAAAUUUAACUCCUGUACCUGUAUAAUAAAAUCAUUAAUA